UUGUAAUAAGCCCAAAAAGAUAAUGUAAUUGAUUUUGCAUCAUUUUAAAAGUAAAAAAGAGGAUCCAACUCAGGGAAGCCAUAUCUCACGCUCAUCUUCAAAGUAAUAUUCAAAUAAACCCAAAAUCCCCUAUAAAUAUACACACACUGUCACACAUUUGCAUACACACUCAUCUUCUUCCUCACUCAUCACCAUAAUCAUCAUCAUAAUCUCUAAUGGCUUCUUCUCCGUUCAUCUUCUCAGCUCUUCUUCUCUUCACCUUCUCACUCUCAUCGUCAAGCUCACUCGCUAAACAAUCUCCCCGACCAAAUGCUCUCGUUCUCCCAAUAACAAAAGACAAAACUACACUCCAGUACACGACCGUCAUCAACAGUGGCACGUCUCGAGACAAACCAGGCACGCCUCUAGUGGCCGCCUCCCUUGUGUUCGACCUCGGCGGUCGACAUCUCUGGGUCGAAACGGACACAUACUACUGGUCAACUUCAUUCCAAACCAGCCACUGCAACUCACCCAUGUGCUACCGCGCCGGCUCACAUGGCUGUAGCCGUUGCUACUCUGAUUACAGACCUGGCUGUAACGCUGACCCUUGCACUCUCACAUUCAAAAACCCGGUCAACGGAAUGGUAGAUACCGGAGACAUUGCUUCGGAAGUUGUUUUUAUUCAAUCCACUAACGGAUCGAAUACGGGUCGGGUCGUUAAAAUCCCCAGUUUGGUUUUCUCUUUGGGAACAAGGGAUCUCCUUAACGGACUGGCUAACGGAACCGUCGGUAUGGCCGGAAUGGGACGCCACCCCGUCAUCGGACUGCCGUCGCAAUUCGCCAAGACGUUUGGUUUCAACCGCAAAUUCGCAGUCUGUCUCCCUUCUUCUUCUUCUGGAGGAAGAGGCGUGGCCUUCUUCGGUAACGGACCGUACGUGUUCCUACCAGGGAUCAAGAUCUCCAAGCUCACCACCACGCCUCUGCUCGUCAAUCCGGUGCUCGUUGCGGAUCCUAUCGUUUACGAACCGUUUGUAUACGGCGAGAAAUCACCCGAGUAUUACAUCGGCGUGACUGCGAUUAAAAUCAACGAGAAAACUGUUCCGAUCAACACGAGGCUAUUGAAGAUCAACGGAACCACCGGAUUGGGAGGAACCAAACUCAGCACGGUGAACCCCUACACGGUGUUGGAGACAUCUAUUUUCAAGGCCGUCACGUCGGCGUUCGUCAGAGAAGCCACCGCCAGGAACAUCACUCGAGUUCCGUCGGUGAAGCCUUUUGGCCCGUGUUUCAGUACUAAGAACGUCGUUGUCACGCGCCUUGGAUAUGCGGUGCCGGAGAUCCAGCUUGUGCUGCAGAGCAAGGACGUCCUUUGGAGAAUCUUCGGAGCUAACUCAAUGGUGAGCGUCCGCAGUGACGUCAUCUGUUUGGGUUUCGUUGAUGGAGGAGUCAACGCGGAAACUUCUGUGAUGAUCGGAGGGUUGCAGCUGGAAGACAAUUUGAUCGAAAUUGAUCUGGCUAAAAACACACUAGGCUUUAGCUCCACGCUGUUGGAACGUCAAACUAAUUGUGCCAACUUCAAUUUCACUUCCACUGCGAUCGGAUGGAAGAUCAUUUGAUCGAAUGUUUGAGCUGAUUAAUAGUAAUUACUUUAUUUGAAUAAUGUUUGUUUAGUCUUCAAUAUACAACAACUUUUGCUAUAUACGAGU